UCAACCCUUGACUUGGUAAAACCAAAUCCCAUACUUAUUCUGAAUCAGCAACAGAAAAAAGUGGGAAAACAUAACUGUUUCACACUAAAAACCCUCACAAACAACCACAAAACUAAACAACAUACCCAUUUCUCCAAGAAACCAAAAGCUCCGAUCCAAUCCAAUGGAGGAUUAUGCAAAGCUAUUACCCCAUCAUCCACAACAUUCCUCAUCUUCUUCCUCAAUGACCCUUUUCUCCAGAUUAGAUUACAUGGAUUUGGUUAUGAAGUAUUUGGAGAAAAAACAGAGGUUGGAAAGAGUGGGAGGCGUGGAAAAGAAGUGCAUAUCUUUGGAUGUUGCACUAAAAGAUACUUACUUUAAAGGUUCAUUGUUGGAUCGAGUGGCAUCUCUUGAGCACAGACUUUUCCAGCUAUGUUUGGAGAUGGAUUCAGGCAGCUCCUCAAACCCUUCAUCAUUAGGUUCAACACAGACAUCAGCUGAUAUCAGUUCAUCUUCUCCAACUCCCAAACAGUUUUGCAGAGGGGAGCCAUCGUCUUCAUACCCCAUAUUCCAUUAUCCCAGCCAUGGAGGAACCUCAAAAAUUUCCCAAAUUCAGGAGAAGCCUCAAACUCAAAGACAUGAACAGAAAAAGAAGCAACAGAGUCCUCCAAAAAGGCAACUUGGUAAGACAAGGAGUGGAAAGGAUGAAGGAGGAUCUUGCAAAAAUGUGAAGAAAGGGAUUCCUCCCAAAUGGCUACACUUGAGGAUGUUUGGUUGCUAAUGCUUUUCUUCCUUCCUCCUCCUUUUUCCCAAGAACACAAUUCUCCAUGUUUCGAGAAGUGUCGAGGUUUAGUUUUUGAGUUUGGUGGUGAUUUAGUAUGAUAUCAACCUAAGAACAUAGAG